AUGCCUCUGUCUCCUCUUCCAGCAGCCCUCCUGUCUCAUAUGAUAAGUAUUAGCGAUGUGCCUCCUCCUCCACUUCACAAUAUACCAAGUUUGAAACUUCCUAAGCACAUUAAUUAUGGUCAGUUGAAUGCAUUAUGCCACAUUAGGGGACAACACAGCACCAGUAGUUGCAGUAUCCAAGCUUCUCACAAUACCUUUUUGAAGCAAUAUCCUAAAAUAUUCCUGCACAAAAACCUCAGGAUGCCUAAGCUUACCAAACUGGAGCCAAAAAGAAGAACUACUGAAGACAGAAAACAAAGUCAGCCCAAACCACGUGAUGACUCUCAUAAUAUAGCUGUCCAUGUUAGAAAAGUGCAUGGUAGCCAUUCUUUAAAUGGACCAAAAAGAUUUGAAGAGAGAAUGGAAGAAUUCAUAGCCAUCUUAAAAAAAUUGCCUGUUCACAGGACUACGUAUGAACACCACACUGUGUGGAAGAUGCUGAAAUUGGUUCCAGAUUUAACCUCUCAGCUAACUGAUGAUCAUCUGAAGACACUUAGUAAGAGUGUCAUUUCUGAAACCUGGGUGAAAGGCAGCACAGUGGUGGGAAAUGAAGGAUUUUAUGUGAUACUGAAAGGCCUAGCUCGACCUCAAACAAAGGUGUAUAAACAUCUGAUCAGAGGAAGAGAAGCAAGAAGUUCUUUAAAACCUCAAAGUUUCCACAACUUGUUUUACAAUGAAGACUUCAGAAGCUCUGCACUUCCUGAGAUAUACCUAGGUUCACGUGAUUCAAUGCUUAAACAGUGGAAUACUUUUGGGACCCUGGAAGUUUUACCUCAAGCUGCAUCAGAAACACAGGCAUACACAGUAGUAACAGAAGAUGAUUGUGAAAUUCUUAAAAUCCCUGCAAAGGAAUAUGCAAAGAUAAAAUCGGAAACAUUAAAACUUGAAAAUAUGCGAAAAGAGCAGUUAAUUCGAAAGUGUCCAUAUUAUGUGGAGUGGCCUACUUUAUCCAUAUAUGAGCUAAUCGCACUCAUUAAAUGGAAAAAAUUCCCUCCAGGUCAUGUGAUGGUGGAAAGUGGAAAUAUAAUUUCUUAUGUGGCUUACAUUAAUUCUGGAUAUUGUAACAUUUAUAAAAGUAUUAUAGGACUUGUGAAACUACCACCUAAUAAAGUGAAAAAAAUUCGAAAACUUGUUUAUAUGGGUAAAUUGAAGGAGAAGGAAUCCUUUGGUGAGAUUAGUAUUCUUCUUGGAGUUCCUUUCACAUGCACAGUCAUUACUGGAACAGAGGUUGAGGUGGCAAUCAUUGAAGAUACAGACCUAUUUGGUCAAGUGUACUAUCCUCCAGUGUACAAUCUAGAUCAAGCAUAUUUGAAGAUCUAUGGCUUGUAA